GCAGCGGAGGGCGGGAGGGAGGAGCAGCGGGAGACGCGCCGCCGCCAAGCUGCGAUGUGGCCGGCCGGCGAGUAAACACUUGGAGCAGCAGCGGCCGCGGCCGCCCCGGCCCGGGGCAGUGAACACGCCAGCCGAGACCUGCCCGCCGCUGCCAUGGCCGAAGUGCGCAAAUUCACCAAGCGGCUCAGCAAGCCCGGCACGGCGGCCGAGCUCCGGCAGAGCGUGUCGGAGGCCGUACGGGGCUCCGUAGUGCUGGAAAAGACCAAAGUUGUUGAGCCCUUGGACUAUGAGAAUGUUAUCACCCAAAGAAAAACCCAGAUUUACAGCGACCCCCUCCGAGACCUGCUUAUGUUUCCAAUGGAAGAUAUAUCUAUCUCGGUGAUAAGUCGUCAGCGCAGAACGGUGCAGUCCACUGUACCAGAAGAUGGUGAGAAGAGGGCCCAGAGUUUGUUUGUCAAAGAGUGUAUUAAAACCUAUAGCACAGAUUGGCAUGUGGUAAACUACAAGUAUGAAGACUUCUCUGGGGACUUUCGAAUGUUGCCAUGCAAAUCUCUGCGACCAGAAAAGAUUCCCAAUCAUGUGUUUGAGAUUGAUGAGGACUGUGAGAAGGAUGAGGAUUCCUCAUCGUUAUGUUCUCAGAAGGGCGGUGUGAUAAAACAAGGCUGGUUGCAUAAAGCCAAUGUAAAUAGCACCAUCACGGUUACCAUGAAGGUGUUCAAGAGACGGUAUUUUUACUUAACCCAGCUUCCUGAUGGUUCGUAUAUUCUCAAUUCCUAUAAAGAUGAGAAAAAUUCAAAAGAAUCUAAAGGUUGCAUCUACUUGGACGCCUGCAUUGAUGUUGUUCAGUGCCCCAAAAUGCGCCGUCAUGCUUUUGAACUCAAGAUGUUAGAUAAGUAUAGCCAUUAUCUGGCUGCUGAAACUGAGCAGGAAAUGGAGGAAUGGUUGAUAACUUUGAAAAAGAUUAUUCAGAUCAAUACCGACAGUUUAGUGCAAGAGAAAAAGGAGACGGUAGAGACAGCACAAGAUGAUGAAACUAGCAGCCAAGGAAAAGCCGAGAACAUCAUGGCCAGUUUGGAACGGAGCAUGCAUCCGGAACUGAUGAAGUAUGGAAGAGAAACUGAACAGCUGAACAAACUCAGUAGAGGAGAUGGAAGACAGAACCUCUUUUCUUUUGACUCGGAAGUUCAGAGGUUGGACUUUUCAGGAAUUGAACCUGAUAUAAAGCCAUUCGAGGAAAAGUGCAAUAAACGUUUCCUGGUAAAUUGCCAUGAUUUAACGUUCAAUAUCUUGGGUCAAGUUGGAGACAAUGCAAAAGGACCACCCACAAACGUUGAACCCUUUUUUAUCAAUCUUGCCUUAUUUGAUGUGAAGAACAAUUGUAAGAUUUCAGCUGACUUCCACGUAGACCUGAAUCCCGCAUCUGUCCGUGAAAUGCUGUGGAGCCCUUCAACCCAACUGGCUAGUGACGGAAACCCAAGAGGCUCUUCACCGGAGUCUUUCAUUCAUGGAAUUGCUGAAUCUCAGUUACGCUACAUAAGGCAGGGAAUUUUCUCAGUGACGAAUCCACAUCCUGAAAUUUUCCUGGUUGCGAGAAUUGAAAAGGUGCUCCAGGGAAACAUCACGCACUGUGCAGAACCCUACAUCAAAAAUUCCGACCCGGCAAAGACAGCCCAGAAGGUACACAGGACAGCUAAGCAAGUGUGUAGCCGCCUUGGACAAUACAGAAUGCCCUUUGCCUGGGCUGCCAGACCCAUUUUCAAAGAUAUUCAAGGUUCUCUGGACCUGGAUGGGAGAUUUUCUCCUUUGUAUAAACAAGACAGUAGCAAGCUUUCAAAUGAAGACAUUCUCAAGUUGCUCUCGGAAUACAAGAAGCCAGAGAAGACCAAGUUGCAGAUUAUUCCUGGGCAGCUAAACAUCACAGUAGAAUGUGUUCCUGUGGACUUAUCAAACUGUAUUACGUCUUCAUAUGUGCCCCUGAAGCCUUUUGAAAAGAAUUGUCAAAAUAUUACUGUGGAAGUUGAAGAGUUUGUUCCAGAAAUGACAAAAUAUUGUUAUCCAUUUACUAUUUACAAAAACCAUCUAUAUGUAUAUCCCUUGCAGUUAAAAUACGAUAGCCAGAAAACAUUUGCCAAGGCAAGGAACAUCGCAGUCUGUGUGGAAUUCCGGGAUUCAGAUGAAAGUGACGCUAGCGCUCUAAAGUGUAUUUAUGGAAAACCUGCGGGGCCUGUUUUUACCACAAACGCUUAUGCUGUUGUCUCGCAUCACAACCAAAAUCCAGAGUUCUAUGAUGAGAUUAAAAUUGAGCUUCCCAUUCACCUGCAUCAAAAACAUCAUUUGCUUUUCACUUUUUAUCAUGUAAGUUGUGAAAUUAACACAAAGGGAACAACCAAAAAGCAGGAUACAGUUGAAACUCCAGUUGGCUUUGCCUGGGUACCUUUGCUGAAGGAUGGUAGAAUCAUCACAUUUGAGCAGCAGCUGCCAGUUUCCGCUAAUCUUCCCCCAGGCUACUUGAAUCUGAAUGAUGCCGAAUCAAGAAGGCAGUCUAAUGUGGAUAUUAAGUGGGUAGAUGGUGCAAAGCCUUUGUUGAAGAUUAAAAGUCACUUGGAGUCUACCAUUUAUACUCAAGAUCUACAUGUGCACAAAUUCUUCCAUCAUUGCCAGCUUAUUCAGUCAGGCUCGAAAGAAGUUCCAGGGGAGCUCAUUAAAUAUUUAAAGUGUUUGCAUGCCAUGGAGAUCCAAGUUAUGAUACAGUUUCUACCUGUAAUUCUUAUGCAACUCUUCCGAGUUCUCACAAAUAUGACCCAUGAAGAUGACGUGCCUAUCAACUGCACCAUGGUUCUCUUACAUAUCGUAUCAAAGUGCCAUGAAGAAGGCUUGGAUAAUUAUUUAAGAUCCUUCAUAAAGUAUAGCUUCCGACCUGAAAAACCCAGUGUUCCUCAGGCCCAGCUGAUACAUGAAACUCUGGCUACUACGAUGAUAGCGGUAUUGAAACAGUCUGCAGACUUUUUAGCAAUAAACAAACUGCUAAAGUACUCAUGGUUUUUCUUUGAAAUUAUUGCAAAGUCUAUGGCCACAUACUUGUUGGAAGAGAAUAAAAUUAAGCUUCCCAGAGGCCAGAGAUUUUCUGAGGCAUAUCAUCAUGUCUUACAUUCAUUGCUUCUUGCAAUAAUUCCUCACGUGACUAUUCGCUAUGCAGAGAUUCCUGAUGAGUCCAGAAACGUCAAUUAUAGUUUGGCUAGCUUCCUGAAGCGCUGUCUGACACUAAUGGAUAGAGGAUUUGUUUUCAAUUUGAUAAAUGACUAUAUAUCUGGAUUCAGCCCCAAAGAUCCUAAGGUCCUGGCUGAAUACAAGUUUGAAUUUCUGCAAACAGUUUGCAAUCACGAACAUUACAUUCCUCUGAAUUUGCCAAUGGCAUUUGCAAAACCUAAACUUCAGCGAGUUCAAGAUUUUUUUUCAUUUGCGGUGGACCGUUUGACUUCAGUAGAUUCAAAUCUUGAAUACAGUUUAUCAGAUGAGUAUUGCAAGCAUCACUUCUUGGUUGGUCUACUUCUGAGGGAAACCUCCAUCGCUCUUCAAGACAAUUAUGAGAUCAGAUAUACAGCUAUCUCUGUCAUAAAGAAUCUUUUGAUAAAACAUGCAUUUGACACUAGAUACCAGCACAAGAACCAACAAGCCAAAAUAGCACAAUUGUACCUCCCAUUUGUUGGACUGCUUUUGGAAAAUAUACAGCGAUUAGCGGGUCGAGAUACCUUGUAUUCUUGUGCAGCCAUGCCUAAUUCUGCAUCCAGAGAUGAGUUUGCGUGUGGCUUCGCUUCACCUACAAGUAGAGGGAGUCUGAGCACUGACAAAGACACCGCUUAUGGGUCUUUUCAAAAUGGACACGGAAUUAAGAGGGAAGAUUCGAGAGGUUCGCUCAUCCCAGAAGGAGCAACAGGAUUUCCAGAUCAGGGCAGCACUGGUGAAAAUAUUCGGCAGAGUUCUGCAAGGAGUAGUGUAUCUCAGUAUAACCGAUUGGAUCAGUAUGAAAUCAGAAGCCUCUUGAUGUGCUAUUUGUAUAUAGUAAAAAUGAUUUCUGAAGAUACACUCUUAACUUACUGGAAUAAAGUAUCUCCCCAGGAGCUCAUAAACAUUCUUAUACUUCUAGAAGUAUGUUUGUUUCACUUUAGAUAUAUGGGGAAAAGAAACAUAGCAAGGGUGCAUGAUGCCUGGAUGUCAAAACACUUUGGAAUAGACCGAAAAUCGCAAACCAUGCCAGCUCUUCGAAACAGAUCAGGAAUAAUGCAGGCCCGGCUUCAACAUCUUAGUAGCCUGGAAAGUUCAUUUACACUUAAUCACAGUUCUGCAACAACUGAAGCAGACAUUUUCCAUCAGGCACUUCUUGAAGGCAAUACUGCUACUGAAGUUUCCCUAACAGUACUAGAUACCAUAUCAUUUUUCACCCAGUGCUUCAAGAGCCAACUUUUAAAUAAUGAUGGCCACAACCCGUUAAUGAAAAAAGUAUUUGAUAUUCAUCUUGCUUUUCUUAAAAAUGGGCAAUCUGAAGUGUCGCUGAAACAUGUCUUUGCCUCACUGCGAGCUUUCAUUAGUAAGUUUCCCUCAGCCUUUUUCAAAGGAAGGGUAAACAUGUGUGCUGCAUUUUGCUAUGAGGUUUUAAAGUGCUGCACAUCAAAGAUUAGCUCAACCAGGAAUGAAGCCUCUGCACUUUUGUAUCUUCUGAUGAGAAACAACUUUGAGUAUACCAAAAGGAAAACCUUUUUGAGGACACAUCUGCAGAUUAUCAUUGCUGUAAGCCAGCUGAUAGCUGAUGUAGCACUAAGCGGAGGAUCGAGAUUUCAGGAGUCUUUAUCCAUUAUCAGUAAUUUUGCAAAUAGUGACAGACCUAUGAAGGCAACUGCUUUUCCCACAGAAGUUAAAGACUUGACCAAGAGAAUCCGUACUGUUCUUAUGGCCACUGCUCAAAUGAAGGAGCAUGAGAAAGACCCCGAAAUGCUAAUUGAUCUCCAGUAUAGCUUAGCCAAGUCCUAUGCAAGUACCCCAGAGCUCAGGAAAACCUGGCUUGAUAGCAUGGCGAAGAUUCAUAUAAAAAAUGGAGAUUUUUCAGAGGCAGCAAUGUGUUAUGUCCAUGUAGCAGGUUUGGUUGCAGAGUUUCUUCAUCGAAAAAAAUUAUUCCCUAAUGGAUGUUCAGCCUUCAAGAAAAUUACUCCCAAUAUAGAUGAAGAAGGAGCAAUGAAAGAAGAUGCUGGAAUGAUGGACGUCCAUUAUAGUGAAGAAGUUUUGCUGGAGUUGCUAGAACAAUGUGUGGAUGGCUUAUGGAAAGCAGAACGUUAUGAAGUAAUUUCUGAAAUUUCCAAGUUGAUCAUUCCAAUUUAUGAGAAACGUCGAGAAUUCGAGAAACUUACUCAAGUUUAUAGAACUCUUCAUGGAGCUUACACAAAAAUUUUGGAGGUUAUGCACACAAAAAAAAGACUUUUAGGCACUUUCUUCAGAGUUGCCUUUUAUGGCCAAUCUUUUUUUGAAGAAGAGGAUGGAAAGGAGUACAUCUAUAAAGAGCCAAAGCUCACUGGCCUCUCGGAGAUUUCCCUGAGACUUGUUAAACUUUAUGGUGAAAAAUUUGGUACAGAGAAUGUCAAAAUAAUUCAGGAUUCAGACAAGGUAAAUGUCAAAGAGCUUGAUCCCAAAUAUGCUCAUAUCCAAGUCACUUAUGUGAAGCCCUACUUUGAUGACAAAGAACUCACAGAAAGAAAAACUGAGUUUGAAAGAAACCAUAAUGUCAACAGAUUUGUUUUUGAGGCUCCUUAUACAUUAUCAGGCAAAAAGCAAGGCUGUAUAGAAGAACAGUGCAAACGCCGUACGAUCUUAACUACUUCAAACUCAUUUCCAUAUGUGAAGAAGAGGAUCCCUAUAAACUAUGAACAGCAGAUUAAUUUAAAGCCAAUUGAUGUUGCUACUGAUGAAAUAAAAGAUAAAACUGCAGAGCUGCAGAAGCUUUGCUCUUCUGCUGACGUGGACAUGAUUCAGCUCCAACUUAAAUUGCAGGGCUGUGUUUCAGUGCAGGUAAAUGCAGGUCCGUUAGCAUAUGCAAGGGCUUUCUUAAAUGACAGUCAAGCUAGCAAGUAUCCACCUAAGAAAGUAAAUGAGUUGAAAGACAUGUUUAGGAAGUUCAUCCAAGCAUGCAGCAUUGCACUGGAACUAAACGAGCGGCUAAUUAAAGAGGAUCAGAUUGAGUACCAUGAAGGGCUAAAGUCAAAUUUCAGAGACAUGGUAAAAGAAUUGUCUGACAUUAUUCACGAGCAGAUAUUACAAGAAGACACAAUGCAUUCUCCCUGGAUGAGCAACACGUUACACGUAUUUUGUGCAAUUAGUGGCACGUCGAGUGACAGAGGUUAUGGUUCCCCAAGAUACGCUGCUGAAAUAUGAGGACAUACAGAUGUAAAGUGAUAACAAGAAUGAACCUUCUCAGGAAUAUUUUGAGCUGUGCAAAUGUUAAAAUUUAAGGAUUUGAUAUACAUGGAGUGUUUUCUUCCUGACACCAAAAUUUUCAUGCUUUCAAACAGGGUGCUUACAUAUUUGUAAAUAUUUAAGCAACUUGAAAGUGCCUGGAAAAUUGCACCACUGUGCUUGGUUUGUACUUUUUUAGGUAAAUCUAUAUACUGAGAAGUAGAGCUCAAAAACAUUAAUUCGAUUUGCUUAAUUGUUGCUUAAAAUAAUAAUGGUACUGUGUAAAAUUGUAUAAUGGAACACAAUAAAAGGUAAAACUUA